GCGCGUGGCGGCGCGUGCGCACCAGGGCUGCACUGCGGAGGGAUACAGGGCGGCGGAGGCCUGGUUAGUGGCUUUCUGCUUCGGUCCGCUGGCGAUGUCACUGAAAUACGAGGCGGUGAAGAGGUUGGAGGGAUCGUCGACCGAAGAGCGGCAGGAAAUGGAGGACACAGUCAUCAGUCCUGAAAAGGCUGAGGAGGCCAAGUUGAAGUUAAAGUAUCCAAAGUUAGGACAGAAACCUGGUGGAUCGGAAUUUUUGAGGAAGCGGCUACAAAAAGAUCCAAAGUAUUUCGAUUCAGGAGAUUACAAUAUGGCUAAAGCUAAAAUCAAGAAUAAGCAGCUGCCAAACAGUGGAGCCGACAAGAACCAAGUGACGGGCGAACACAUUCCUACUCCGCAAGAUCUGCCUCAGAGAAAACCUUCACUUGUUGCUAGCAAACUGGCUGUCUGAUAACCUUGAAGAAUGCAUAAAACUUGUCAUUCCUCUUUCUUGCUAUUAAUUCCUGUGUUUUAGCUUUUUUCUUGUACCAUUACAUCAAUAUGUCUGACAGCUUGGCAGAUAACUACAACACUGUUGUUGCUGCAAGAAAGAUCAGUAAACACAGAACAAUGAGAUUUCAGAUACUAAACCAUGCACUGAUGGCAAGGACAUUGAUGUUAUAAGUAGGAAGUAGUGGACUACAGUACUGAGGCACAAAUAUAACUUCAUGUAGAAGUAUUGACAUUAUUUUGAUUUUACUGUUUCAAGAUCAUUAGUACUACUGUAAAAUUCUAGAUUGGGUAAGUCUGAUUUGUUUUUCUUAACCAUUUCCCUGUUUAUUACUAACUUCAGUGUUGCAAGUGACAGUCCUUAGUGGAUGUUAACACAAUUGCACAAAACAUAUUUUUUUAAAAAUUGCAACCCAGUUUUCAUUGACCUUUCAGAAAUGUUAAACCUACUAAAAUAUUUGUUAAUUGGACAAUAUUUGUCCAUACUGCUAUACCCUUCCUGGAUGUAUUUCAAUCUACAACUUGUGCCUCUUGUAGUUCUGAAUGGUAUCCCUAAAGAUUGGUAGGUUAGGGUGGCUAUAUAUUCAAGGUGAUUGAAAUGUGCAUGAGCAUAAACUGUGCAGUCACUUUGUGCCAUUUUUUUGUAAAUAAAAUAGUUUUGCACUAUGUACUGUUGCUGCAUUUGAAUGCUGGGAAUGUGUGCACUUAGUUUACUAUAUAUAAAUCAAGAGUGUAGGUAUUGAAGUCUUCUCUGCUCUGUUAGGUUUCAGUGCUUUAUAAUGGUAAGGUGAUCUCAACCCUCCAGAUAUCACUGGGAGUGGUUAAUUGUGUUGGGUCCAUGUGUCAUUGGUUGGUUAUUUGGUAGAAAUAAUUCAGGUACCAUGCUAAGCAUGUUCCCCCAUCUGGACUGGCUUUAAGUGUGUAUGGAAACUAGCAAUCUGGCAGCAUGCAUGUGGCCUCUGUCACUCAGGGUCAACCCUGAUGUUACCUUCUAGUUGUCUAGAUACGCAAGUCAGAACAGUACAAUAUUAAGAGCAAGCUGUUGCCCAUGUAGCACGCCCUCUUCACGCAUCUAAUGAACCCAAAGGAAUGGCCGUGACCAAUACAGUUUGGCACAGCAGCAUUGCAGGAGCCAUCAGUGAAACUCUGUCUUAAAGUAAAUGAUACUUUCAAAUUAGUAUUUGAACCACUUUCGCGUUACUUCCAGUAUCUGAAUUAGUGCUUUUAUUGUUGGUUUAUGCUAGCAUUUGCCAGUUACUGUAAAUGUAUUUGUUGUCUGCAUUGCUUUGGGCAGAUGGCCUCGUUAGCUGUGGCUCACAGCUCAUCUUGGAGAAGGAAUAAACCCUGAGUGACCAAUCCAGAGCUGGAGUCCCAAAGGCAUUGAGUUCAAUGCUGCUGGUGCCAAACUGUAUUGGUCUCUGCCAUUCCUUUGAGUUCAUGAGAUAUGUAAAGAGGGGGAGCUUGCUCUCCAUAUUGUACUGCCUCGACUUGCUUAUUAAUUCAGCUAGGACACAACAUCCAUGGUUGACCCUGAGUGAUGGAGGUGUCAUGCAUGCUACCAGUUUGCUUGUUCCCAUACAUACUUAAAGCCAAUUCAGAACAGGCUUGGCAUGAUACCUGAAUCAUUUCUACCAAAUGACUAACCAUCAAAGACACAUGGACAUAAUUUGCUCACAGUGAUAAAUUUCAUAUCAGAUUGGCUGAUCUGUGAGCAGGUUUGGAGUAAUUUGCUGGAGUGAAAUUCAAUCCCAGUUUAAUACUGUACCUUGAUAUUUUAAUCUCAACUAUGCCACCCUUGAAAUUUAUAUUCAAGUUGUACAUCUUCAAAGAGCAUUAUUCAACACAGUACUCAAUACUUAAAAAAAAUUAAAUCCUCCUUUAUACAUGUAAUCCAAUCUGCACAUUGUUUCCUCCAAGAUGGGGAGGGGAAGAAUGUUUAGCCAAAUCUUUCCAAAAGCACUAAGAUAUGCCAUCCACUUGUAUUUUCCUCUGUCAUUUGGAUGAAUCAGUGCUUAAAUUGGUGGUGACUUUGUAAUAUUGAGAGUUGUCUCGUUGAAUGUGCCAUGUUUGUAGCUUAUGACAAGUCUUCUUGGUCUGGAAAAAAAACGUGUUUUAUUUUUGGUGGCUAAUUUCAGUUUUAGUGGAAACUGAAUAUUUUAAUAGAAUCAAGACAUAAGCCUUAGCUUUUGAAUAUCAAUAAAGAACAGGAAAGAUAACUAUUAUAAUUCAAUAUAGCCUACUAUCAGAACUCAGUGUCUGCGUCAAUAACUCCCCCGAGUGUUAAACUUGCAAUAAUUAUCAUUUUGAGUGAUGUUCCACUUGAUUUGCUGCUCCACUUCUUCAAUUUCAUCUCUAGCAGUUUAUUGCCUGAUCUUCAACUAGGCAUGGAUGAAUACUUGACAGGUUCCAUGACGUACUUAUUUGAUGUCAUUUAAGGUGUUCCAAAUUCCAAAUGCUUAGUGGGAGGUGGG